ACAGAAUACGGAGUCAGUCUAACGAGGGAGACGGGAACCAAUUAAACUGCACCUCUACCGGGUAUUCACACAAAACCAAACAACCGAACUUGCGAGGAUACCCUACUAGUAUCAUACUCACUCUGAGAAGCCGAUACAUCUCAGAAACAUAUCCGGUUCCGGCCAACUUUAGGCCACCUUCUCCCAUCAUCCCUCCAAACAAUGCCCGCAGCAGCAGCUCCUCGAAAGAAAACACAUGCUCGUACAAACACCGUUGAACUUCAGGAAUCAGCUCGUCUAGAGCUUGUCGUUCCUCAAGAAUCAGAUCUAGACAUAUCUCAGGCAAUAGAUGAAGCUCUCAAGCGGGACAAACAGCGGGUCUCUACCGCUGAUGGUGGGAUUUCGGCUGUUUCUGCAAUCGAACAGCGCAAAUCCCUUUUCUACGAUGAAACCUUGCCGGUAUUCGUGGUUCUUCAGCUUCUAAUCCCCCUAGAAGAUAGUGUCUACGAAUCCUAUCUCUCUCGUCUUGCCGUUUCUCUCGAAGUAGCCGCUGUAGAUGGCCAACGGCAACAGCAGCAGCGGCAGCCACAAUAUGGGGGAAGGCCCGCGGAGACAAUCCAUCUGUUAUUCCAAACCGUGGUGGAUGAAAACGAGACAAAGCGAAUCGUCAUAGAUAACGGUGCACAGAGACUAGCAAUAUGGAAGAUUGACGUGCCCCUAGGGCAUCCCCGGGCUCGUCUCAACAACCCAAAGGUCAUAUUAACGGCUUCGGCUACCAUACGUCCAGCUGAACUUCACAAACCUGUUGUCGAAGAUGAAUAUCUGUCGACCCGACAGCCUGUUGGAAUUAAUCUACUCGAGUCUUUUGCCGAAGAUCCAUAUCUAUCCACUGUUGCUCCUCGGCUUUCUGCUUCAAGAGUUUCCCGGGUGAUACCUGUGACCCAGACGCCACAGCAAGCUCUCCGCCCCUUCGGUUAUGCUGCGAAGCGCAAUUUCAAUAUCUACCCAGCCAUUAACAUCCGACUGCGUUACUCCCGUAUCUUUUCCGGAACAAAGCAGACUAUCAUUGCUUCUCUGGAUUUGGAAGUGACACACUUCAGUGAAUGCGAUGUAACUAUAGAGAGUGUUGAAAUUGCACUGUCUGGCGGGAAAGCCAACCCCCUGACAGAUUCGCCAUCUCCUUCUUUACCUAUAGAGUGUCGACCACGAGAUGAUAUAACAUUCUUAUUUAUCCUAACACCGACCGAUUUGCUCCCCACGUCCGGCUCGCCAGCCCCAGCAUCAUCUAAUUCGCCAAUACGUCCUAUUUCCGUCACCUUACAAGCGACCGCCCACCUCUCGCCAAUAUGCCAUCCUAAGAUAUUUACUAAUUGGACUACAACUGUGGACUUUUCACCACCACAAAGCCCCACCUUCCAACCCUCGCCUGGUAUUCAGCGUGCCCAUCGGCCACCUUCCCUAGGAAGCAUCAUCCAUGGUGCCACCGUUUCAUCAUCGGCCGGGAUCCGUCCGGUCCAUCAACCCGCCGCUCCAUCCCCUGCUCUAACUUUCACACCGCCGAACCAUUCUACCCCCUCUUUUGUAGCGAACCCGGCGCCCGAGAGCACUCCAGGCCUGACCAUAACAUUCUCUGGCCCAUCGAGAGUAUAUGUCGGUGAGAUCUUCGUCUGGACCGUCUUUGUCGUGAACCGCUCCCAGCGAACCCGAAAACUCGCGUUAAUGGUCCCACCGAAACGCCGGAAGGCCGGUGAAGGGAAGUCGCUUCCUCCGAGACCUGCCGGAGACGAAGAUGCAACAGAGGCGGUUCUGGAUGAGGCGGUGGUGUACCAGACGCAUCGGGCACAGUACUUGGAACCGGCGGAAUUAGUUCCACUGGUUAAUGAUGUUAGGGUCGGGUGA